UAUGCAAAUAGAAGCAAAAGAAGAGUAUUGACUGUAGUCCAAACAUUUUGGUACAAGUACGCCGACACUUGCCCGUCGCCUCCUCCUCCGCUUCAAGACGGCGAUUUCGUCCUCUUUAUCCGACCAAAGGGAGUUCAUUGAGUUUGACCUAGAUGGACCAGUAUGAAAAAGUUGAGAAGAUUGGGGAAGGAACAUACGGUGUAGUGUACAAGGCUCGUGAUCGUGUAACUAAUGAAACAAUUGCGCUGAAGAAAAUAAGGCUGGAGCAGGAAGAUGAGGGAGUACCAAGCACAGCUAUUAGAGAAAUCUCUCUCUUGAAAGAGAUGCAGCAUGCUAAUAUUGUGAGGUUGCAGGAUGUAGUGCACAGUGAGAAGCGAUUAUAUCUAGUCUUUGAAUAUCUUGACUUGGACUUGAAGAAGCACAUGGAUUCAUCUCCUGAAUUCUCUGAGGAUCCACGUCUGGUUAAAAUGUUUUUGUAUCAAAUACUCCGUGGUAUUGCCUAUUGUCAUUCUCAUAGAGUUCUUCAUCGAGAUUUGAAGCCUCAAAACUUGCUGAUAGAUCGACGUACAAAUGCUUUAAAGCUUGCAGACUUUGGAUUGGCUAGAGCAUUUGGUAUUCCUGUCAGAACUUUCACUCAUGAGGUGGUGACAUUGUGGUACAGGGCACCAGAAAUACUGCUGGGAUCGCGCCAUUACUCUACUCCUGUUGAUGUGUGGUCAGUUGGUUGCAUAUUUGCUGAGAUGGUGACUCAGCGCCCUCUGUUUCCUGGUGAUUCCGAGAUUGAUGAACUUUUCAAGAUUUUCAGAGUGAUGGGUACUCCAAAUGAGGAUACAUGGCCUGGAGUGACAACUCUGCCUGAUUUUAAAUCUGCCUUCCCAAAAUGGCCUUCUAAGGACCUGGCAACUAUUGUCCCAAAUCUUGAUGGAGCAGGCCUUGAUCUUCUUGAUAAAAUGCUCCGCUUGGAUCCCAGCAAGAGAAUCACUGCCAGGAAUGCCCUUGAGCAUGAGUACUUCAAGGAUAUUGGGUAUGUUCCGUGAGUCUUUGCACCUUCAUCCAGAAUGCUACUGUAAAUUUGGUAUGUCAUCUACAAGGUUUUGUUCUGGAGGAUUUGUGUUAUUUUUAGGGCCACCCCCCACCCCCAUCCCCCUCAAGUUGUUAUUCUUCCAAUGUGAUUCAAUAUAUAUUAAAGUGGUCUUGGCACAGCCCUCAUGGAUAUUUGUUGUUCCAGCAUCUGUGGUCACAAUUCGUGUCCACAUGUUGAACCAUACUUUCCAGUGUAAUAUUUGUUUGUUAUAGUUUGGGGUGCGGUACACUUGUCCAAUCAUACUUGUUUAGCACUGGAUACUGUAAUGUUAAUUAGAUUGGUUUUGGUGUGUCAUUAGAAGUUUUGCAUAGUUUUUACGUGGAGUUGAACAAA